CCCGGCAAUCCCCCACUUCCUGACCUCCCAAUUUCGUCCCAACCUCGCGUUAAUCGCGACCUGUUUACUCUUGGUCUCAUCCCAACCCGCCACCAUCUCCUACCAUCUCAAUUUCGUCCCCGUUCGAAGCCAUCGGCCCACCUGCGGUCUGCCGUUCAAGCAUUCGCCAUGGCCGCGGAGGCGGCCGGCCGACGGGGGGCGGCGGCGCGGAGGAAGGCUAAGGAGGCCGCGGUGGGCGCCGCCGCGAGGGUUCUCUUCUACCCCACGCUGCUGUACAACGUGGUGCGGAGCAAGGCCCAGGCCGAGUUCCGGUGGUGGGACGAGGUCCAUCAGUUCAUUUUGCUUGGAGCGGUUCCAUUUCGCAGGGAUGUUUCACGUUUGCAGAAGCUUGGGGUACAUGGCGUGAUAACCUUAAAUGAACCAUUUGAGACUUUGGUACCAUCGUCAAUGUAUCAGUCACGUGGGAUUGAUCACCUUGUUAUUCCUACAAGAGAUUAUAUGUUCGCUCCUUCACUUGUGGAUAUUAAUCAAGCUGUUGAUUUCAUUCAUAGGAAUGCAUCUUCUGGGAAAGUAACAUAUGUCCACUGCAAAGCUGGAAGAGGCCGAAGUACAACCAUUGUCUUGUGCUAUCUGGUAAAGUACAAGAAGAUGGAACCUGAAACAGCUUUUGAAUAUGUACGAUCUAAGAGGGCUCGAGUGCUGUUGACACCUUCGCAAUGGAAGAGCAAUGCUGCAAUCUGCUAGCUGUUUGGAUUGUGACAUUCAGCCACUCUUUUCUGGUGGUUCAAGAAUUCAGCAAGAAGAACGCUGAGGUUUCUGCUGUAACAAGCAAUUCCGCAACAGCAUCUCCAGCAGGGGAUGCCGUACCGGUAACAGAAGCAGAUUUGGAUGGCAAUGAUGUCCCAGUGGCUCUUACAGAGGAUGCCAGCUUGUCUUGCCAGAAGACUACCCCGUCAAGGCCAAUGAUUAAGAUGCUGUCAUGUUUGUUUCCUUCUCGGAUCUGAUGAAUGAUCACUGGACAUUGGGUGUUUGAGGUGCGUGCAUGUUCUCCCCAUGACCAGUUUAUGAGUGAAGCGGUGUGCAGAUCUGCAAGGAACUAAGGACGGCAGCUGCCAUCGGCAUAAUAUUUCGGGAGUCAUAAAAUUGUCCAUAUUCAUCCACUUUGCCCGUGUGUACUUUUUUUUUUGCGGUUCUUCAUCAUUUUAUUUUGAAACGGUAUGUACCUCCAUGAGAAAUUCAUUGAAUGGACCUCUGGUGAUUUUGUACGAGACAAAAUGGUUUCAGGAUAGCCGAAAAUUUGAAUUGAGCAAUAACCUGUGGAAUUAUUUUACAAAUGCA